AUGGAAAUAACAAAAUCGUUGCGAAAGUUAGUGUUGAGUACGGAAGGCGUACAGCAUAUCUUCAUUACCGAUAAGGAAGGUGUGCCGAUUAUCGGUGUGAAUGAAUCAGGCGAAGAAGAUUUGCGAAAUCGAAUGCAGCUUAUCAAUAGUAAUCAGAUAACGAUGGAACAGAUACCCAAGUUAAAUCUUGGCGAACAAAAGUCGGCAAUUUUUUGUUAUGAAUCUACAACUUUGGUGAUACUUCAAAUCAGCUCACUCUUUGUAAUCAUUAUUGCGAGUUCUGAAGCUUCCAUUGGUACGCUAAGAAACCUCAGGCAUCCGCUGAAACCGAUUAUUACCGAAAUUACAAAUGCAGUUGGGUUAUACUGA